AUGGCCGCUCAAAAGUCAGGAAUUGCCAUUGGUGCCAACAAGGGCUACAAGGUUACCCCCAGAACCCCUUCUGCUCGCUUCAACAGAAAGGCUCAGGUCUCUACUAAGACUGCCUUUGUUCGCGACAUUAUCUCUGAGGUUGCUGGCCUCUCUCCCUACGAGAGACGUGUUAUCGAGCUCCUCCGUAACUCCCAGGAGAAGCGUGCUCGCAAGCUCGCCAAGAAGAAACUUGGUACUCACGGCCGUGCUAAGGCUAAGGUUGAGAAGAUGAACCAGGUCAUUGCUGAGUCCAGACGUGCUGCCCACUAA